GUGGACAUUACUAAUAAAAGUGGACAGUUGUUCGAGCAGUGGACAUUACUGGACAGUAAUAGGGGACAGUCCUGACGUCUGUGCCUCAGUUGACCACUAAACUCAUAGGUGCUGCCUGUUUCGUCAACCAACAAAGUCAAAACCAAAAAUGCUGUUGCUUCUAAUCCUUGCAACGAUUCUGACCGUUUCCUCGAAUCAGGAAUUCGAUGAAGCCUUCUACAAAUUUUUGGGUCCUGGUUAUUCCUAUACUUAUCUCCAGACUCCUCCAACAGAGAAAUUCUACCCAAGCCGAAGUCUUCUGGAAUGUUCUCUCAUCGCUCUAAACAGUCAAUCGGAAUUCUUUACUUACAACAAAGUCAACCGUACUUGUAAAAAUUACUCACCCAAAAAUAUUAUGACAGUCAGCAGUGGACAGGACAAGAAUGAGAUGUCCUACUAUAGAAGUAGUGAAUGGAUUAAAACCUAUGCCGUAUCAAUGGGAGCAAACUCGUUAAUCUAUGAUUCCAUAUUAAAAAAAGGCCAUCCUUCAUCAUGGAAUGUGGACAAAUGCGUUGGUAGCUAUUGUCCGAAUUUUUUCCGACACCCUCUGCUUGAUAUCUGGAACGAACUUCAAAUUGAUGAGGUGAAGCUUGUGUUGUACAAAAACCAAAGUGCUGUGGUAACGAUGGUGUUUGAUGGGCGAAAUACAAGCCUUGAAAGCUGGUUCACUCAGGAAAAGCUGAAAAGUUCCCCAUGGAGCGAUCUAGCAUCAGAUGCGACAAAUUGUUUCUCAAUCGUUGGAAUUGAUAACAAACGCCGUUUUUAUGUUUCACACUUGCAUGAAGGUUGUCCAAAAGAUCUUGGUUGGUUGACUAUCAAUGAAGCUUUCCUUACUUGUGAUUGGGAGAACUCAAACUAUUUUCCUAAAAUCCUUUACUCUGACACAACUUCAAAAAUCAAAUGGGAAGAUGGAUACGGAGUCGCCGAUUCCAUGGCCAUCUUCAUCCGUCUGAGACAAAACUUACCAAUCCCAGUUUCUGUCUAAUGCAAGCACCGUUGUUGUUGAGCACCAUCCAUACCAAGAUGACCACCACCACUGAGCACGUGUCAGCUAUUGUCACCGAAUAAAGUUUCCACAUUAACCUUUAGAUCCGAAAUUCUUCUCUUCUGGUUCUCUUUCUUCUCUGGAGAUGGGUUGAAUUGCUGUUCCAAAGACAGCACCAUCCUCAUCAUUUAACACACUCCUUCCAUGUUGGUGUAGCAAGUCAUAAAAGACGGCAAUAUGACGUAACGGUCGUUUGCCCGAACAAGCAUAAUUGUUGGUAAUCCCAUUGGUUAGAAUUACUGCCCAUAUACGAAUUCUAAACUUUUGUCAAAGAAUUCUUUCACGAAAUACAGUUCUUAGAACUUGGAUAUGAGCAGUUAUAAAACCCCUGACUUUUUGGGAAAUUACUCAAUGAUCGUAGGAUGUUACUAAACUCCACGACACUCACUCUUUGAGAUAUUGGCUAUUUUUUUAUGCCACGUCUGUGACUUAAAUCCAAGACUUAUUUGAAUUGUAACGAACUCUAGUAGUUAGUACGAAGGAUUAACUAGUGUGAAUUUUAAGUCAUA